CACCCAGUCUAAAUAUAACCAGACAUGAGAGGUAGCGUCUGCUACUCAACAGGACAAACUUAUUCGAGGAAACCAAAGUGAACGGAUUCUAAGCUUGGGUGGAUUUCAAACAUUUAUUCACUUCUACGCUGCCACGCUUUGCCUCCUUAUCGGACCUCUGCUCUCUUCUUGGAACACAACUUUGUCACACAAGGAGUGAUGCUGCGAGUUCCCAAGCUGCACUUGCACUCAAGGGGAACCUAAAAAAGCCCAACCGGUUCGGAAUAACAUUUCAUCCGAUGCAAGCGCACCGAGGAGAGUACUCAGCGGAGGGUCAUCUCGCUCCAUAAAAUGAUCCCAAUUGGCGACCCGAUACUAUGUCGCAUCUCAUCUGAUGUUUGACACAUUUGCCGCACGACUAAAAGGAAGUCCAGGAGAACAUUUGCAGAGUGAGAUUUUCCAUCCCGAGCACCCCUUUAAAAAAAAAAAAAACCCGGAGUCCGGACAACUAAUCGCCGUCCAGAUGCAGUUUCGACUCUUCUCAUUUGCGCUGAUAGUGUUGAACUGUAUGGAGUACAGCAACUGUCAGGCGCCGUCACAACGCUGGAGAAGAAGCAAAAGAGCUAGCUAUGGAGCAUAUCCCAUCUGUAAAGGCUGCUCGGUAUGCUCUCGAGACAAUGGCUGUGUAAACUGCCAGCCCAAACUCUUCCUAUUUCUACGGAGAGAGAGGAUGAGGCAGUACGGCGAGUGUCUUCAUGACUGUCCAGCUGGAUACUACGGCAUGCGCAGCCCCGAACUCAACAUGUGUUCCAGGUGCAGGAUAGACAACUGCGAGUCCUGCUUCAGUAAAGACUUCUGCACCAAAUGCAAGUUAGGUUUUUACCUACACAAAGGGCGAUGCUUUGACAAGUGCCCCGAGGGCUUUGCCCCCGUGGAGGACACCAUGGAGUGUGGAGAAGGCUGCGAGGUGGGCCAGUGGAGUGAAUGGGGAGCCUGCACCAGAAGAAACAAAACCUGCGGUUAUAAGUGGGGUCUGGAGACCCGGACACGGCACAUUGUAAAGAAACCACCCAAGGACACAAUACUGUGUCCCACCAUUGCAGAGUCCCGGAUGUGCAAAAUGGCCAUGAGGCACUGCAGAAGAGGAGGCUCGGGGAAGCACCGAUCAAAAGAACCAAAGAAGAAGAACAAGCAGCGGCUGCGGUUUCGUGCCCAGAACCAACACAGCGACCACUUGGCCUCCGCACGUUCCACCCAGUGAGGGCUUAAAACGACAGACUCAACAUCGAACCAAGAACCAACGCGAAGCUGCUAGCUGCAACCAUGCUCUGACUGACAAAUAUCACAAACACCGACAACCUCUCCUGCCUCCACCAAAGUCCCACCCCCUCACCUACCUGAACGUCGCCAUGACUCGAAAAAUCCGCCACUGCAAAAAUGUGUGUUUAAUAUAGAAUAUCCGUACCAACCCACUAAACACAUACUUCAUACACCCCUGCCUCCUGCUGCUUCCCCUUGGCUGCACUGUUCAGCCAGGUGACUUCAUUCCUGCAACCCCACCCUACGCCUUGCCUUGUGGACCUUUACAGUUGACAUUAGUGAACUCAUUUCCCGUCAUUAACAAUGUCAUUAACUGUCCAGGGUAUGGAAGACGGAGGGGCAAGCAAAGACUGCACGGGUGGGUGAGCCAAAUAGGAGGUGGAAAGGAAACGUAGGGAGUUGGCAAGGUAUAUGGUUCAGGGCGGAGAAGGUAAGGGGGUUCAGCGAGCACCCCUGACCGAGGAGAGAAAAGCAGGCAAGAGGAAGAGGUAUGAGAUUGGGCUGAGGAAAGUGAGGCUGACGGCCAAGAAGACAGAACCUGAGGUGAAAGAGACUGUAUUUUGUUCCUAUAUUUAUGUAAAAGCUACCCUCACCUUUCCGUCGAAAUGGAAAUGGAGUGCUCCCAUGUGUGGCCUUUAUGUUCUGUACAUUUGUGAGAGUAAUAUUAAAGAAAUUACCAUGCAUAGUUGCAAAGUAUUUUAUUCUCAGCACAAACUGUUUACGUUCAGGCCGCUGUAUGCUCUAACUGUAUAGUGUGGAUAAGAAAAACUAUGAAAUUUAGUUCUUAGCAUGGCAAGAGAUACAGGUGUACAUAGUUUAUCUAAUAAUGAAAGCUUCUUACUGUAUUUUCAUUAUUGACUCGUUCAGCAUUCUAAAUGUUGUAGAGGUGAAAGGCUGUAAUACCAACCUGCAGAUUCAAAUGAUUAAAAACAAAUAAUAAACAUAGCCGUCACAUAGCUAUUUCAUUUAUAUAGUCUAUAUUUGAUUUAUUUAUUAAUUCCGUUUUUUACUUUAUUGUUCAAUGCCAUUUUUUGCCUCAUACUGUUACUCUAAUAUGAUUCAGUAUUCUUUGAGUUUGUCAUAAUGCGCAUAUCUGAAAAGCCUUUUUUUUCCGAUGUUAGUGUUGUAUUCCAUCCAGUCGACCACAUCUACUGAUUUCACUGUUUCAAAGAAGAAGCAAAAAUGACGUAUACGACUCUCCUUUGAUAUAUUCUGAGUUUAAUAAUUAGAUGCCAGCAAAUGUAUGGUCAUAGGACUGCAUAUGUGUACAUUGUGUUUUAUUAAACAUUUCAUGUGACUGUAUGAUGAUGACUUUUUGUUAUUGUCUGUCUCUAAUAUACAGUA